AAUUCAAAAAAAUCAACGUCCAUGGGGGGGCGAUGGCAGCCUUCGUGAUCAUCUAACUCAAUGCCUAGCUUCCUGAAUGCUCGAUGCCACACAUCUCAGUUUUUAUCAUUUCACAUUUUCUUACUUCAUCAUCCGGCUAUGCAUACAGAAUCCCAAAAUAAUAGUUAUGAUUUUCUUUCAUUGGCUAUGCAUACAGAAUCCCAAAAUAAUAGUUAUGAUUUUGUUUCAUUUUCUUGUCUCGCCAAGUACCAGUUUGGCUUAAACAUAGUAAAACUCGCAGACAUAGUUCAUAAAUUUUCUUCCGGCAUUAGCUAGAUUUCUUAGUUUCCAAUGAGGGAACAUCAGCUCUUCUUCCUCAUUUCUUUCUGUCUUGCCAAAUACUUGGGGUCCUUGUCUAUUAUAUUUCCCAUUUCUUGCAGCAGCAGCAAUGGCGAUCUCUUCAUCAAGUGCUUGUUUGCUCAUUACAAGUGUGGAGACAUUGAAGGAACAGAGUAUCCUUUCUGGGGAAGCCAUGUUCCUGAAGUUUGCGGCCACCAUGCUUUUCAUCUUAACUGUCAACGUAAUAAAUACCCAUUUGUCAUCAUUGGCAAACAACGUUUCCUGAUAUUGAAAAUAGAUCAAGAAACUUUUUCCAUGAAGAUUGUGAGAUGGGACUUGUGGCAAGGUGCUUGUCUUGCUGAAGCUGAAAACCUCCAAGACGUUGCUUUGAACCAUCCUCUCUAUGGAUACACUUCAACGUCUAGAAACCUUACAUUAAUCUAUGGAUGUCCCAUGGUGGAUUCAAUGUUGAGUUAUGCCUUUACAUGUGAUCUGCAGGCUACACAUGUUUACAAUUACUAUGCAGAUGAAAUCACCUGGGAACUUCAACAACCACAACUUGUAAAGUAUUGCAGAGCUCACCUAACAAGUCCAGUUUCACAGGCUGCUCUAAUGGAACUCUAUGGUGGAUCCAAGACAGUAAAUGAAGCUCUGAGUGAAGGUUUCGACGUCGAAUAUCAAGCUCACAGACAUUCAUGUGUAUCUUGUCAGGAUUCUGGUGGGAUCUGCGGAUCUAACUUAACUACACAUGAUUUUGUCUGCCUUCGCAGAGACCAGCCAAGGAAGAAUGCAUCUUCCCCUGGAACAAUCUCUGGCCAUGAAUCAAAUCUGAAGAAAUAUUUAAUGGGGAUUAUUAUUGGCUUUACAUUGGCUGGGAUGUCAUUACUUUGCUUUUUGCUCUAUUGUUUUUGGAGCUUUAAAAGGGUGACAGCUUCAAACCAAAUGGCAAUCCCCUUUAGAAGACUUGAGUAUAAUCAGAAGAUUGAGAAAGUUAUUAGACAAACCAUUGCUCCAAAAAGAUAUAGCUAUUCAGAUGUAAAGAAAAUGACAGCCUCAUUUAAGGAUAAAUUAGGUCAAGGAGGUUAUGGCAUUGUUUACAAGGGAAAGCUAUUAGAUGGUCGUCCUGUGGCAGUGAAGAUUCUGAUGAAAAAUAUUCCAAAAGGGAAAAGAAAUGGAGAAGAAUUUAUCAAUGAGGUUGCUAUUAUUAGUAGAACAUCACAUGUUAAUGUAGUUUCUCUUCUGGGAUUCUGCUUUGAAGGUCACAAACGAGCUCUCAUAUACGAGUUCAUGGCUAAUGGUUCACUUGAGAAGUUCAUGUACAAUGGAAAUACUUGGAAAGCCGGUUGCUGCCUGGAAUGGGAAAUUUUGUAUGAAAUUGCAAUAGGAAUAGCUAAAGGGCUUGAGUAUCUACAUGGUGGAUGUAAUACUCGAAUCUUGCAUUUAGAUAUCAAACCUCAAAACAUACUUUUGGAUGAACAUUUUCUUCCUAAAAUUGCCGAUUUCGGGCUUUCAAAACUGUGUUCCAGGAAAGAAAGCACUGCAUCAAUGGAAAAUGUAAGGGGGACAAUUGGGUAUAUUGCUCCAGAAGUAUACAGCAGAUGCUUUGGAAGAGUUUCACACAAGUCGGAUGUAUAUAGCUAUGGGAUGAUGAUAUUAGAAAUGGUUAGUGGAAGGAAGAAUGCAAAUGUUAAAGCAAAUGAUGCAAGUAAAAUAUAUUUUCCACAUUGGAUCUAUCACCGUCUUCAGCAGGACAGUGACUUAGGACUAUGUUCUGUCAGAACCAAAGAGGAAGAUGAAAUUGCAAGAAGAUUAGUGUUGGUGGGGUUAUGGUGCAUACAGACAAACCUUUCACAUAGACCAUCCAUGAGUGAGGUUUUGGUCAUGUUGGAAGUUUGUAGUGAAGCAUUGGAAAUUCCUCCAAGGCCUUUCAAUGUUUCUCCUCAAAGUUCAUCUGGUAACCUUUCUCCCACUUCAGUUUAAGACUAUCUUCUGCAGAGGAGCAUUCACUUCAGAAACAAUCAAGUAUGUGUGUCUGAAGUAAAUAGGAUUUCUAAUCCCUCCAAAAAAUUUUGAAUGAUAAUAUGUAAUUUGCUCAGUACAUGAAAAAGUAGAACUUUAUGUAGGUGAUUUUGAACAGCUCAAAGGACUUCCCCCUCCACUCAGUUCUGCUGCGUUGGAAGUUGGUGAAAUAAGCAAAAUUUCUCUUGCAAAUUUGAAAUUUACGGCAAUUUAAAAGUGUGGUACAGUUUUUUAUUUAUAGCUUAUCAUUUUCCUCACCUUCAACAACGACCUUAUCUCUAAGGUUGAAACGGAUAAAUCUAUCUUUGAUCACAUGAGCGUUUUCUCAUAUAAAUGAAUUUCUCAUCACAAUUAAAGCAUUAUUCAAGGGAUUGUUAUCUCUGCAUUUCAUCCUAGGAUAGUCCUUGUAUGGCUAGUAGUGUCGUCCUCAUCUUCAAGGUGGUAGUGGUUUCGGUUAGGAGUCAACGAGUCACCCAUGGCGACCUUUACUGGCAUUGCAAUCGUUCAUCAUGCAUAAGUGCCCAAUUAAUAACAUCCUUCGAUGUUUUAGAUCAGAACUUUUGUAUCUCAUCAGUUAUUUCGGACUUAAUUCCACCCAUAAAAGUCUCCACCAAUGCUUUCUAUGACUAUUCUUAAACUCGAUUGCCCAAUCUCUCAAUCUCUUAUUAGUAGUCACACAAUGAACUAAAUUGUUUAA